CGAGGCCCAGCGCGUGCGCAGGCGCACUCAGCGAUCCCCGCCUUCCUCGAGGGCCCAGCCCCUGCGGGUCUCGGGGGUGGGGCCUCGGGGGCGGGGCCGUUGUGGGGCUCCAUGCGCACUGAAGUUGCGCCUUGUACUCCCCGCUGGCAGCUGCCGCCACCUCCUCAGGUCUGCGGAAGUCAUGUUACCCAACACCGGGAAGCUAGCAGGAUGUACAGUUUUUAUCACAGGUGCAAGCCGUGGCAUCGGCAAAGCUAUUGCACUGAAAGCAGCAAAGGAUGGAGCAAAUAUUGUCAUUGCUGCAAAGACUACCCAGUCACACCCCAAACUUUCAGGCACAAUCUAUACUGCUGCUGAAGAAAUUGAAGCAGCUGGAGGGAGGGCCUUGCCCUGUGUCGUUGAUGUGAGAGAUGAACAGCAAAUCAAUGACGCGGUGGAGAAGGCGGUGGAGAAAUUUGGAGGAAUUGACAUUUUGGUGAAUAAUGCCAGUGCUAUUAGCUUGACCAACACAUUGGAAACACCUACAAAGAGAGUGGACUUGAUGAUGAGCGUGAACACCAGAGGCACCUAUCUCACAUCUAAAGCAUGUAUUCCCUUUUUGAAAAAGAGUAAAAUUGCUCAUAUCCUCAAUCUCAGUCCACCACUGAACCUAAAUCCAAUGUGGUUCAAACAGCACUGUGCUUAUACCAUUGCUAAGUAUGGUAUGUCUAUGUGUGUACUUGGAAUGGCAGAAGAAUUUAGAGGUGAAAUUGCCGUCAAUGCCUUAUGGCCUAAAACAGCCAUACACACAGCUGCCAUGGAUAUGCUGGGAGGAUCUGGUGUUGAAAGCCAAUGUAGAAAAGUUGAUAUCAUCGCAGAUGCUGCAUAUUCCAUUUUCAAAAAGCCAAAAAGUUUUACUGGAAAUUUUGUUAUUGAUGAAAAUAUCUUAAAAGAGGAAGGAAUAAAAAAUUUUGACAUCUAUGCAGUUAAACCAGGCCAGCCUUUAUUACCAGAUUUCUUCUUAGAUGAACACCCAGAUGUUGCAGUUAUCAAGCAGGAAUCACCUGGUGCUGUUCCUGAAUUCAAAGAAGAGAAGCCACAGCCACAGUCAAAACCACAUUAUGGAGCUGUGGAAGAAACUUUUAGAAUUGUUAAGGACUCUCUCAGUGAUGAUGUGGUUAAAGCCACACAAGCAAUCUAUCAGUUUGAACUCUCAGGUGAAGAUGGUGGCACGUGGUUUUUGGAUUUGAAAAACAGGGGUGGGACUGUUGGACAUGGAGAGCCCUCUGAUCGGGCAGAUGUGGUGAUGAGUAUGUCCACUGACGAUUUUGUCAAAAUGUUUUCAGGGAAACUAAAACCAACAGUAGCAUUCAUGUCGGGAAAGUUGAAGAUUAAAGGAAACAUGGCCCUAGCAAUCAAAUUGGAGAAACUAAUGAAUCAGAUGAAUUCCAGACUGUGAUGGCAAA